AUGCUGCACGCGGCACUACCUUCGUGCCAUGCAUCUUCAUGCGUGCUAACAGCUACUAUCUACACGACCCACAGAGCGAAGCUGGUGCGAGUGCUGCGUGGCUGUGCCAACUACGACGAGAUUAUCAUGGACAAGGACCCGCUGGUGCAUUACGAGACGAUGCUCGAGGGUUUCAACUUCGUCAAGAACCAGUCCCCACCACUUUGCAUUUGA